CCGGGGAGGGGCGGGCCGCAGGUGGGGCGGCUGCCGCGGCCGAGGCCUGCGCUGGGGACAGCAGGCCGGGCCGGCGCCGGGAACCCGGACGGGACUCUUGGGCCGGGACAGUAUGUGACACCGACCAGGAUCCAGCCCCAAUGGAGGCUGAGGAGCCCCAACAUAAAGCUUCUACCCCCAUCCCAGGAUUGGGAUUUAUUUUGAUCCCUGAAGCGCUCAUGAGGAGCAGCCAGAGUCCUGCCUUGGGGCCUAAAGCUCAAGAGAGCCAGGACUCAUCCUACAAGUGGGCAGAGGGAUGCAGACUGUCAGAGGCCCAGCAAAGAAACUCAAUGGAUGUGAGUGACUAUGUAACUGAGAGCAAGCCCUCUUUCCCCAAGGAAGACCCUGAAAAUGUGGGGACCAACCAGGAAAACCCUGUGGCUGAGGUGUGUGACACUCCUGAACUCAGGGAAGCAAUGCCCCAGAGCCUACCAGACAGCCACACAAGAACACUACAUCCCCUAGAGCUCUGGGCCUGCCCUGACUUUGGGGAAAGCCUAGAUAUGGUCCCAAUUUUCAAUGAACUGGGCAGCGGAGUGGAGGCAGAUUUUAGGCCAGAACUACUUUCUUUGACAUUGGGAGCUGGACAGGCAGAGAAGGAAGAAACAUCUUCAGACAGCUCUACUCAAAUCAGAUUUCAGCCUCCCUGUGAAGAGGACUUUACAGAGACCACCCAGCUCCAGGACUCUGAAAGUGGAACUGUCAGUCAUGAGGAAGAGCUGAAGUCUAAGGAGAUGCAGGAAAGUCAUGGGCAAGAAGGGCUCAUGUGUCCCCAGGGGGCUCAUGGUUUGGAGGAGCAAGGGCAGCAGGAAGAGGAAUUUCAGGGAGAAGGAACUUUGGGGGAGGGGAUUUGUUUUGAUGGCCUUUUGGGGGAGCUGGAACAGACGCCAGAGCAGAUUCACUGUAAAAAGGGAGAACAGAGACAAAAACAGGAACAGGUACAAGAUUAUGUGAUUGGAGAACAAGGAGAAAGAGAGAGGCUUAAUGGGGAAUUGGGACAUCUGAAUUAUAGUGAGUGGGGUCAAGAGGAUAGGGAGUGGGGGACUGAGGGUCAUGGGGCUACGGGAGAUCUAGAACAGGGGGAACAGAAGAAGAGGGAGUUAAGGAAGCAAGAAGAGAGCAAGGCAGAUACUCAGUAUGAUGAGAACCAAAGCUUAGUGCAAAAAUCAGAGAAGGUGACUGGAAAGCAAGAAGAAGAUCGGGGUUUAAAGGGGACACUCAUACCAGCAGAGGAGCAGGAGGAAGAAGCAGGGUCAAGUGAGGAAGAACCAGCAAAUCAGAAUGGGAAAGGGCUGGGAGCAGUGGGAGAGGAGAGGAGUGUAGAAGAGAAGAAAGAAUAUGAUGGUCCUUCAACACUGGCUCAGAUAGCUCCUGGUAUCUCUUCUCCCUGUAACUCAUUUCCAGAGACCUCUUGUCCCAUAAGCAAGAUUUUUGGAACUCAGGCCAAACCUAGGGCUGGAGAACUACUCCCUAUAACUCUGACUCCUAGACUGGAGACAGGAUGGUCCCACCAGCCCAUUUCUCCACCUAGCUCAUUUUCUGCUGCUGAAUUACCUGUCAAAGAAACAACUCAGGACAGUCAGCAGGAGAGACCUAAGCUGGGAAGGGGGACAGUGUCCAUACAGGGAGCCAGGGAAGUCUCUGCUAAUUCAUCUGUGACUCCUCCAAGGACACAGGAUUCUGCUCCUUCCAGUCCUGCUCAUGUCUCCCCCAGCACAACUGCCUCAACACCUGCCAGCCCCCCAGUCGUCUUUCAUGGGAAGGAGACCUUCCUUGCUGUGUGCCCUCCUGAAACCUUCAGAGCCUCUCUCUCAAUCAACAACCCAUCUCUCAGUGGGGCUUCUGAGACUUCCCCGGCUCUCCUCCAUGGCUUCCCCUCUGUAGAGGCUGCCAUGGACUCAUGUGCCAACCCUGAUUGGGUCAGCCCUCAGAGUCCUAUAGCCAGCUCAACAGGGGCUGUCCAACAUCUUAGAAGCAAUUCCUUCCCAGGCUCUCACAGGACAGAACAGACUCCGGACCUGGCAGGAACGUCCCUUUCUUUCUUCCAUUCAGAGUUGCCUGAAAGACCCCCCAAACCUGCCAUCUAUGGGUCUGUGAUCCCAAGAAGGGACAGGAGAAGUGGUAGGGGCUGUAGCAGUAUUCCAGAAUCCAAUACUGUAUCAUCAGCUCUGAGGCAAGACUCUCAGGAAUUCACCUCAAAUCUAGAGAUACCUGGCAGUCCACACAGCAGCCAGCCUUGGGGGUCCCCACAUAAUUCAGCCUUUGCCUCAGCCUCUCCUACCUAUGACUCUUCCCCCUCCUUUGUCUCUGUGGAUAUGAGGACCCAUGAACCUCCAGCCCCUCCUCCCCUAGAGAGGAGGCACAUUCACCCUUCCAUAGUGGAGAGAGAUGGCCAUCUUCUUGCAGUAGUCCCCACACUGAAGAGGCAUAGCCAUCCUCCUCCAUUAAGCGUAGGUAGAAGGCUAUAUGGCCCCCCUAAAGGCCCACUUCCUCAAGUUCCUGACCCCCUUGUAGCAAGGCAGCACCGACCUCUGCCCUCUACUCCAGACAUGCCCCACCAUACUCAGACCUCUUUCUCCCCUAGGCUGAGAUAUAACAAGCCAUUACCCCCAACUCCUGAUUUGCCCCUGCCCCACCAGUCUCCCAUUUCUUCCUCCAGUAACCCAAGGAUUUAUAAACCUUUACCCCCUGUCCCCAUCAUGGACCCUACAACUGAACCACCCCCAUUACCCCCGAAGACCAGGGGGAGGAGCAAGAGCACUCAGAGGGGACUCAUGAACUCAGGGGGUCACGCCAAACCAACACCUAUUUGUCAGGAAUGGACAGUCUCGACUCCCCCCUCUGCAGGACGUACCUCUUGGCCUCCUGCCAUAGGCAGAUCAACAGACACUUUGGCUUCUACCAGUAGGAGUAAGAGUGAAGUGUCCCCUGGCAUGGCUUUCAGCAAUAUAACAAACCUUCUAAGUCCCUCUUCCCCAACCACUCCCUGGACUGUGGAACUCCAAGGACCUACCUCCAAAGAUGAAUCAAGGCCCUUAGAAGAGUCUGAGGCCCCUGUCAGAGGAACUUUGAGAAGAACAGCCCCUCCUGAAGUAGCCUCUGGCCCAAGGAGGUCAGAUCUAGGCCUAGCAAAGCAGUUAGAAAGUCCCAGCCAUCCCCAUCUAGAGAAAGCAUCCAGCUGGCCUCACAGGCGGGACCCAGGGAUAGUACCAGAGGGCAGCAGUGGACAUGACGUGGUCCCUGGUGAGGGGCCCAGCAAGAACAAGGGCUGGAACCGGCAAGGCCUACGCAGACCUUCCAUCUUGCCUGAGGGCUCUUCAGAUAUGAGAAGUUCAACCAUAGUAAGAUCCCCUGGCCCCUCAGACACCAUCGUUUUUCGGGAGAAAAAACCAAAGGAGGUGACGGGAGGCUUUUCAAGACGCUGCUCGAAGCUCAUCAAUUCCUCCCAGCUGCUUUACCAGGAGUACAGUGAUGUGGUCCUGAACAAGGAGAUUCAGAGCCAGCAGUUGCUGGACAGCGUGGCAGAAGCACCUGGGCCCAUCUCCCCCUGGCAGCCCCGAAAGGCCCUGGUCUCCUCAGAGUCUUACCUGCAACGCCUCUCCAUGGCCUCCAGUGGCUCCCUCUGGCAGGAGAUCCCUGUGGUGCGCAAUAGCACUGUGCUGCUCUCCAUGACCCAUGAAGACCAAAAGCUGCAGGAGGCCAAAUUUGAGCUGAUCGUGUCAGAGGCCUCAUACCUACGCAGUCUACAAAUAGCUGUGGAUCACUUCCAACUUUCUACCCAGCUCCGGUCCACUCUUUCCAACCAGGACCACCAGUGGCUGUUCUCCCGUUUACAGGACGUGCGCAACGUCAGUACCACGUUCCUUUCUGACCUGGAAGAAAACUUUGAGAACAACAUCUUCACCUUCCAAGUGUGUGAUGUAGUGCUGAACCACGCCCCCAACUUCCGCCGGGUCUACCUGCCUUACGUCACCAACCAGACCUACCAGGAACGCACCUUCCAAAGCCUACUGAAUAGCAACAGCAAUUUCCGAGAGGUCCUGGAGAAGCUGGAGAGUGACCCUAUUUGCCAACGCCUUUCACUGAAAUCCUUUCUGAUUCUGCCCUUCCAGCGCAUCACUCGUCUCAAACUGCUGCUCCAGAACAUUCUGAAGAGAACACAGCCUGGCUCUUCUGAGGAAGCAGAGGCCACAAAGGCACACCACGCCCUGGAGGAGCUGAUCCGAGAUUGCAAUAAUAAUGUCCAGAGAAUGCGACGGACUGAGGAACUGAUCUACCUAAGCCAGAAGAUUGAGUUUGAGUGCAAAAUAUUCCCACUAAUUUCACAGUCACGCUGGCUGGUGAAGAGUGGAGAGCUCACAGCUCUGGAGUUCAGUGCCUCCCCAGGCCUGCGAAGGAAAUUGAGCACUCGUCCAGUCCACCUACACCUCUUUAAUGAUUGUCUGUUGCUGUCUCGGCCCCGAGAGGGUAACCGAUUCCUGGUAUUUGACCAUGCUCCUUUUUCCUCUGUCCGAGGAGAAAAGUGUGAAAUGAAGCUACAUGGACCUCACAAAAACCUCUUCCGCCUCUUUCUACGGCGCAACGCACAGGGCACCCAAGCUGAAUUCCUCUUCCGCACUGAGACUCAAAGUGAAAAGCUUCGAUGGAUCUCAGCCUUGGUAUUGCCGAGAGAGGAGUUAGACCUUCUGGAGUGUUACGACUCCCCACAAGUACAGUGCUUACGAGCCUACAAACCACGAGAGAAUGAUGAGUUGGCACUAGAGAAGGCUGAUGUGGUGAUGGUGACACAGCAAAGCAGUGAUGGCUGGCUGGAGGGCGUGAGACUCUCAGAUGGGGAGCGAGGUUGGUUCCCUUUGCAACAAGUGGAGUUCAUUUCCAACCAAGAGGUCUGUGCACGGAACUUGAAGGAGGCACAGCGAGUCAAGACUGCCAAACUACAGCUGGUGGAACAACAGACCUAGCUGUUCUCUGGGGGUAUCCCCCUGAGGUUAAGGACAAGAUGUUCCUGGAGAGAGGGCUGGCCCCAGCACCCUGAAACAGAGGCCUUCUGUAUCCCAAGAACUAAGCCUUCUGAGAGUCUGAGAAUGAAAUCCAGCUAACCCAAGUUGUUAGUCCUAAGCCUCCUUUUUUGUGCUUUGUGCUUGGUUGGGGGGAUUUUGAGGGACUUUGCAGUGGACUCUGGGAACUUUUCUUAUAGGAAAGAGGACCAGUGGGGCCUGAGCCAAGGAACUUUAACUUCUACUACCAUAUAGUGCUUAAACAUUCUCUGCUUCUACAAUGCAGAUUCAGAGCUGGCCAGAGUUUCUGUCAUGGCCAUAUGUUAAACAGAUGUUCAAGGGGUAGUAACACAUCAGAUGGGAAGAUCAACCUGGUGACCUCUAAGGUAUCUUCCAACCCUAGAGAUUCUCCAUAAUUGUUGGUGUGAGGUCAGUACAUGUAUCUCUGGGAAUCUAUGUAUAUCGGUGGCAAUGUGAGGGUCAUGUUCUCUCACGCUAAUAAACUUGGCACUUCUCUAA